ACUCAGACGGCGGCGGUCCUCGCAGGCGCCCGCGCGAGUCCGAGCUGCUCCGCAGCCGCCGCCGCCGCCGCCGCCGCCGGCUGGUCGUUGCGCCCCGGCCCGCCGCUCUCCCGCCCUCCGUGGCCCUCGUUGCGGGACCGGGCCGCUGCGUGAUGGGGCUGAGAGGAGGUGCCCUGCGGCUCGCGGCGGCCGCUGCUCGCGCUGAGGAGCGUCCGUGCUCGGUCCCCCGCACCCUCGCGCGCCGCGGCGGCUGCUGACCCGGCCCGCCCGCCCAUCGGUCCGCAGCGCGGCUGAGGAAACUUGGACAUAACUUCAAAAGAAGAUUUGAUUCUUUAUUUCUGGACUGCAGUUAUAUAACAAGACCAUCAGGAUGUCGGGAGCCUCAGUGAAGGUGGCUGUGCGAGUGCGGCCUUUCAAUUCUCGAGAGACCAGCAAAGAGUCCAAGUGCAUCAUUCAGAUGCAAGGCAACUCGACUAGUAUUGUUAACCCAAAGAACCCAAAGGAAGCUCCAAAGUCCUUCAGCUUCGACUACUCCUACUGGUCUCACACCUCGCCUGAAGAUCCCUGUUUUGCAUCUCAAAACCGUGUGUACAAUGACAUUGGAAAGGAAAUGCUCUUACAUGCCUUUGAGGGAUAUAAUGUCUGUAUUUUUGCCUAUGGGCAGACUGGUGCUGGGAAAUCUUACACAAUGAUGGGUAAACAAGAAGAAAGCCAGGCUGGCAUCAUUCCACAGUUAUGUGAAGAACUAUUUGAGAAAAUCAAUGACAACUGUAAUGAAGAAAUGUCCUACUCAGUAGAGGUGAGCUACAUGGAAAUUUACUGUGAAAGAGUACGAGAUUUGCUGAAUCCAAAAAACAAGGGUAAUUUGCGUGUACGUGAACACCCACUUCUUGGCCCAUAUGUCGAGGAUCUGUCAAAGUUGGCAGUCACUUCCUACACAGACAUUGCUGACCUCAUGGAUGCUGGGAACAAAGCCAGGACAGUGGCAGCUACCAACAUGAAUGAAACAAGUAGCCGUUCCCAUGCUGUGUUUACAAUUGUUUUCACCCAGAAGAAACAUGAUACUGAGACCAACCUUUCCACUGAGAAGGUCAGUAAAAUCAGCUUGGUGGAUCUAGCAGGAAGUGAACGAGCUGAUUCAACUGGUGCCAAAGGGACUCGAUUAAAGGAAGGAGCAAAUAUUAAUAAGUCUCUUACAACUCUGGGCAAAGUCAUUUCAGCCUUGGCGGAGGUGAGUAAGAAGAAGAAGAAAACUGAUUUUAUUCCCUAUAGGGAUUCUGUGCUUACUUGGCUCCUUCGAGAAAAUCUAGGUGGCAAUUCUCGGACUGCAAUGGUUGCUGCUCUGAGCCCAGCAGAUAUCAACUAUGAUGAAACUUUGAGCACUCUGAGAUAUGCAGAUCGUGCAAAACAAAUUAAAUGCAAUGCUGUUAUCAAUGAAGACCCCAAUGCCAAGCUUGUCCGUGAAUUAAAGGAGGAGGUGACACGACUGAAGGACCUUCUUCGUGCUCAGGGACUGGGUGAUAUCAUUGAUAUUGAUCCAUUGAUCGAUGAUUACUCUGGAAGUGGAGGCAAAUAUCUGAAAGAUUUUCAGAACAAUAAGCAUAGGUACUUGCUAGCCUCUGAGAAUCAACGCCCUGGCAAUUUUUCCACAGCAUCCAUGGGGUCCCUUACUUCAUCUUCAUCUUCCUGCUCACUCAAUAGUCAGGUGGGCUUAACAUCUGUGACCAGUAUUCAGGAGAGGAUCAUGUCUACACCUGGAGGAGAAGAAGCCAUCGAACGUCUAAAGGAAUCAGAGAAGAUCAUUGCUGAGUUGAAUGAAACCUGGGAAGAGAAGCUGCGUAAAACAGAGGCCAUCAGAAUGGAGAGAGAGGCCUUGUUGGCCGAGAUGGGAGUUGCCAUUCGGGAAGAUGGAGGAACUCUGGGGGUUUUCUCACCUAAAAAGACCCCACAUCUUGUUAACCUCAAUGAGGACCCACUGAUGUCGGAAUGCCUGCUUUAUUACAUCAAAGAUGGAAUUACAAGGGUUGGCCAAGCAGAUGCUGAGCGGCGCCAGGACAUCGUGCUGAGUGGGGCUCACAUUAAAGAAGAGCAUUGUAUCUUCCGGAGCGAGAGAAACAACAGCGGGGAUGUUAUCGUGACUCUGGAGCCUUGUGAACGCUCAGAAACCUACGUAAAUGGCAAGAGGGUGGCCCAGCCUGUUCAGCUGCGCUCAGGAAACCGUAUCAUCAUGGGUAAAAACCAUGUGUUUCGUUUUAACCACCCUGAGCAAGCACGGGCUGAGCGGGAAAAGACUCCUUCUGCUGAGACCCCCUCUGAGCCUGUAGAUUGGACAUUUGCCCAGAGAGAGCUUCUGGAAAAACAAGGAAUUGAUAUGAAACAGGAGAUGGAGAAAAGGUUACAGGAAAUGGAAAUCCUAUACAAAAAGGAGAAGGAAGAAGCAGAUCUUCUCUUGGAACAGCAGAGACUGGACUAUGAGAGUAAAUUGCAGGCCUUGCAGAAGCAGGUUGAGACUCGAUCCCUGGCUGCAGAAACAACUGAAGAGGAAGAAGAGGAAGAAGAAGUUCCUUGGACACAACAUGAAUUUGAGCUGGCCCAGUGGGCCUUCCGGAAGUGGAAAUCUCACCAGUUUACUUCUUUAAGGGACUUGCUCUGGGGCAAUGCUGUUUACCUGAAGGAGGCCAAUGCCAUCAGUGUGGAACUGAAGAAGAAGGUGCAGUUUCAGUUUGUGCUGCUGACUGACACAUUAUACUCCCCUUUACCUCCGGAGUUACUUCCCACUGAUGUGGAAAAAACUCACGAAGACCGGCCUUUCCCUCGUACAGUGGUGGCAGUAGAAGUCCAGGAUCUGAAGAAUGGAGCGACACAUUAUUGGUCAUUGGAGAAACUCAAGCAGAGACUGGACUUGAUGCGGGAGAUGUAUGACAGGGCAGGUGAGAUGGCCUCCAGUGCCCAAGACGAAAGCGAAACCACUAUGACGGGCAGUGAUCCAUUUUAUGAUCGGUUCCAUUGGUUCAAACUAGUAGGAAGCUCCCCCAUUUUCCAUGGCUGUGUGAAUGAGCGCCUUGCCGACCGCACACCCUCCCCCACUUUUUCCACGGCUGAUUCCGACAUCACUGAGCUGGCUGACGAGCAGCAAGAUGAGAUGGAGGAUUUUGAUGAUGAGGCAUUCGUGGAUGACACCGGCUCUGACGCAGGGACGGAGGAGGGAUCAGAUCUCUUCAGUGACGGGCAUGACCCGUUUUACGACCGAUCCCCAUGGUUCAUUUUAGUGGGAAGGGCAUUUGUAUACCUGAGCAAUCUGCUGUAUCCCGUGCCCCUGAUCCACAGGGUGGCCAUUGUCAGUGAGAAGGGUGAAGUGCGGGGAUUUCUGCGUGUGGCUGUCCAGGCCAUUGCAGCGGAUGAAGAAGCUCCUGAUUAUGGCUCUGGAAUUCGACAGUCAGGAACUGCUAAAAUAUCUUUUGAUAACGAGUACUUUAAUCAGAGUGACUUUUCUUCCGUUGCAAUGACUCGUUCUGGUCUGUCCUUGGAAGAGCUGAGGAUUGUGGAAGGACAGGGUCAGAGUUCUGAGGUCAUCAGUCCUCCAGAAGAAAUCAAUCGAAUGAAUGACUUGGAUUUGAAGUCAAGCACUUUGCUGGAUGGAAAGAUGGUCAUGGAAGGGUUUUCUGAAGAGAUUGGCAACCACCUGAAACUGGGCAGUGCCUUCACUUUCCGUGUGACAGUGUUGCAGGCCAGUGGGAUCCUCCCAGAGUAUGCAGAUAUCUUCUGUCAGUUCAACUUUUUGCAUCGCCAUGAUGAAGCAUUCUCCACUGAACCCCUCAAAAAUAACGGCAGAGGAAGUCCUCUGGGCUUUUAUCAUGUGCAGAAUAUUGCAGUGGAGGUCACUGAAUCGUUUGUGGAAUAUAUCAAAACCAAGCCUAUAGUAUUUGAAGUCUUCGGGCAUUAUCAACAGCACCCACUUCACCUGCAAGGACAGGAUCUUAACAGUCCUCCUCAGCCAUCUCGACGAUUCUUCCCUCCGCCCAUGCCACUCUCCAAGCCAGUUCCAGCCACCAAGUUAAACACCAUGAGCAAAACCAGCCUUGGCCAGAGCAUGAGCAAGUAUGAUCUUCUGGUUUGGUUUGAGAUCAGUGAACUGGAGCCUACAGGAGAGUAUAUCCCAGCUGUGGUGGACCAUACAGCAGGCUUGCCCUGCCAGGGGACAUUCUUGCUUCACCAGGGCAUCCAGCGAAGGAUCACAAUGACCAUCGUCCAUGAGAAGGGAAGCGAGCUCCAUUGGAAAGAUGUUCGUGAGCUGGUGGUAGGGCGGAUUAGGAAUAAGGCUGAGGUGGAUGAAGCUGCGGUUGACGCCAUCCUCUCCCUAAAUAUCAUCUCUGCCAAGUACCUGAAGUCUUCCCACAACUCCAGCAGGACCUUCUACCGUUUUGAGGCCGUGUGGGACAGCUCCCUCCAUAACUCCCUUCUUCUCAACCGAGUGACACCCUACGGGGAAAAGAUCUACAUGACCUUGUCGGCCUAUCUAGAGCUGGAUCAUUGCAUCCAGCCAGCUGUCAUCACCAAGGACGUGUGCAUGGUCUUCUAUUCUCGGGACGCCAAGAUCUCGCCCCCACGCUCUCUGCGCAGCCUCUUUGGCAGCGGCUACUCAAAGUCACCAGACUCCAAUCGAGUCACUGGAAUUUAUGAACUCAGUUUAUGCAAAAUGGCAGACACAGGUAGUCCAGGCAUGCAGAGGAGGAGGAGAAAAGUCUUGGAUACGUCAGUGGCCUAUGUGCGGGGAGAAGAGAACUUAGCUGGCUGGCGGCCCCGUGGGGACAGCCUCAUCCUGGAGCACCAGUGGGAGCUGGAGAAGCUGGAGCUCAUCCAUGAGGUGGAGAAAACCCGCCACUUCCUGCUUCUGCGUGAGAGACUUGGUGACAGCACCCCCAAAUCCCUGAGCGACUCGUUGUCCCCCAGCCUGAGCAGCGGCACGCUCAGCACCUCCACCAGCAUCUCCUCUCAGAUCUCAACCACCACCUUUGAAAGUGCCAUCACGCCCAGCGAGAGCAGUGGCUACGACUCCACAGACAUUGAAAGCCUGGUGGACCGCGAGAAGGAGCUGGCCACCAAGUGUCUGCAACUUCUCACCCACACUUUCAACCGAGAAUUCAGCCAGGUGCACGGCAGCAUCAGUGACUGUAAGUUGUCGGAUAUCUCUCCAAUUGGACGGGAUCCCUCUGUGUCCAGUUUCAGCAGCUCAACCCUCACUCCCUCCUCCACCUGCCCCUCUCUGGUAGACUCUAGGAGCAACUCUCUGGAUCAGAAGACCCCAGAAGCCAAUUCCCGGGCCUCUAGUCCCUGCCCAGAAUUUGAGCAGUUUCAGAUUGUCCCAACUGUGGAAACACCGUAUUUGGCCCGAGCAGGGAAAAAUGAAUUUCUCAACCUUGUUCCAGAUAUUGAAGAAAUUAGACCAGGCUCGGUGGUUUCCAAGAAAGGAUACCUGCAUUUCAAGGAGCCAUUUUCCAGCAACUGGGCUAAGCAUUUUGUUGUGGUCCGUCGCCCUUACGUCUUCAUCUAUAACAGUGACAAAGAUCCGGUGGAACGUGGCAUCAUUAACCUGUCCACAGCGCAGGUGGAAUACAGCGAAGACCAGCAGGCCAUGGUGAAGAGCCCUAACAUCUUCGCUGUAUGCACAAAGCACCGCGGGGUCCUUUUGCAGGCUCUCAACGACAAAGACAUGAGUGACUGGUUAUAUGCCUUUAAUCCACUCCUUGCUGGCACAAUACGGUCAAAACUCUCCCGCAGAGGCUCGAGCCAGCCGAAGUACUGAGUGACUGCUGCGCACCCUCAGCGCCUUCCCAGAGAUAAAGGAAGUGUUACCUCUCGUUUCUCUUUGUGAUUCUUGACGGUUGCUCUUGUAUGUAAUCCUGUGGCUUAACUACUUUUCCCUCUUGUCCAGCACUUUUUCUAGCUCCUGUUCCCCAUCUCCAUUGCUCUGUACCCUUUUUCUUUUUUCCUGUGCUGAGAAUCUUGUUAGUAGCAUGUGGCCUAACAAAAGGGGAAAAACACAUACAACAAAACAAAACAAAAACAAAAAACACAGAGAGAGGGAAAUCCAGUGACUCUCCAGAUUAUUUUUGGUAUAUCUUGGCUUCCUUUUGUAUGGGAGCUCCCCAUGUGACCACCUCUGAUGUCUGUACUGCUGUCUUUGGAUAUCUGUCUUUUUUCAAGACAACAUAAUACAUUUUUUCUUUUCUCUGUUUGUGCUCUCACUUUAAUUUUUCUUGGGUAGCUUAGAGACAAAGGGAGGAGACAUCUGGCCUUUUUGGAAGCUGAGAGGGAAAAGCUUACCUUUUUCCCUCUGUUGCUUUCUUCCCUCACUAAUCCCUGUGUUUCCAUUCAGGGAGAAGGUUGUGGUGAGCUCAGCGAAGGGACAGGUAUAUUCUCUGAAAUCGGGCUUACUUAGAACAUGGUUAUGCAGUUUUCAGUUAGUGGAAGAGAAGAGAGGAGAGGACUUUUAACAGGCCUGAGGCAGUGGCUGCUGCUGACCUGUCAGAAGGGAAGAGCCAAGGAUGUUGGGUUUCCAAGGAGCGUAGGGUGGGAGGCGGGCCAUGGGUGGAUGGGACGGUCAGUAGGGUUCCUGUGAACUGUGCUUCUCAUCUGGGAGGGAGCCGCCUCUGUUUGUUCUUGGCAUUGGUGGUGAUGGCGAGUUUGGAAUCUGUGAUGUCAUACACAGAUGUCCCACCAGGGGGAGUGCUUCGCUUUCUGAUGAGGAACUUGAUGGUCUUUGUAAUGCUGAGUAAUGACCUUGUGAUUGUAGCUCCCAUUGAUCAAAGAAAUGUAGCUUUCACGUAUAAACCUGGAAGUCUCUGAACCCAGUGGUUAUUUUCAGUAAUCUCUGUCAGAUUGAAAAGACUUUCAGUGAUGCCUGUCCCUAUACUCAUAAAUAAGCCGCAUGGCAGACUUUGCAUUCUGGACCCCAGGAUUAAAUCCAGCCACUCCCACCGCUAAAAACAAAACGAAAGGACAUCUGGGGGCAGAGAAAAGACCCCACCUGAGCCCUGACCCCAGGGCUUCGUUGCGCCCCCGGCUGGCCUCACCUUGCUUCUCCAUCGGGUGUGGAAGCGUUGCCAGAGGAGGAAGGAGGAAGCUGAUAGUCUCCUGACAGAACAGGGUCAGCUCUUCCAGACGCCAGCAUGGAACAUUCGCUUUCUCUCAGCUGCCUGCAAGGGUUUCAGAGUGACCUGGAGGAAGAAGGCCCCGCUUCCUUGAGUAGCUUUGCCAUUGGUUGGCUUGGGUUGUGGAUACCGUUCUUUACCUCCUUGCUCAGACCGCUUUGCUUGACCAUCUCUUGGGCAUUCAGGACAGUAUCUGCUGGUUCCCGCUUUGUGGAGAUUGCGGGUCUCAGCCUGGGGGUUGCUGACUCUCAGGUGCUGGGGAACUGGGUGGCUUUGCCUUCGCAGCCAAGGGCAGGGGCACGCACUCUGCAGGGUAGUUGCUGGGCAGGCUCAGUCCCUUGCUUCCACCCUCCCCGGUUGGGCUCAGAACAGGGCUCGAAGCUGCACUUGUUCUAAUUGCCUUGCAAAGAGGCGGAAGUGAGUCAGGGCGAGCAUAAUAAAAGAAAGGACAGAACCACAGGCGUGACCUUACCUGAAAAGUGGUCAGUAAAACUCUAGAUUUUUUAAACUUUCUUCUCCUUAAACAUAGGUCACUAACACUAAUGUUACUAGUUUUUCUAAGCGACAUUUUUAAAGUAGUUAGAGGUUUCUGCGUUAUCUAAUGGACACAAUAUGCCCUUCUGGUGUAAACCCCAAUCUAGGAUCUGUCCGGGCUUAGAGACAGCUUCCUGGGCCGGAAUUAAAUCUAAUUUCAGGGAAAUGACAUUUGAAGGUUGCUUUUAGAAUCAAAUCAUGGAUGCUGCUGCUGUUACGAAGUUUGAUGGAAGGAUCCAUGUCUGUGCGGCAAUAGGUGGGGAAGGCUGAGGGAGAGGAAUCGUGUGAUACACUAAAUGACUCGGGUUUCUCCUUCUAACUCAGACACAACUGGCUUGGAAAGUCUUUGCUUUGGAGUGUCAGCUCUUAGAACAGGCGGCACUGGACUGUUCGUCACGUGCCCACGCAGGAAGGCCUCGUGAGGACGCGGGGGUCUCGUGUGCUCUCCCCGUCCGAGGGGCCUCUGCUGCGGCUGACGGGUACAGGCAGCCCCUUCUGGUACCCCCUCUUUCUCUAGGGCCAUCUUCAAACUGGAGUUGGACGUUUCAGGGUUGAUGUUCCCUUUCCAGACAGGUUCAUCCCCACUUUGAAGUCCUGAGAGAGGGUUUCUGACAGGACCUCUUUAUGAGGCUUUAGCUGAAGCCAUGGGCCAGGAUAGUUGAGGAAUGAACUUGACCUUUCAAGGAAACGACCUUUUGAGGGUUUUUAAUUUCUUUUUUUCCAAAUCACUCCUUUAAACAAGCAAAAAAAGCAAGAAAGAAAACACACCAAUGAAGGAAACAUGAAUGCUAGUUAAAAGUAACCCUCUGCUCCCCCCGUUCCCCACCCUCCUCUCUCCUGCCAAAGCAAAAUGCGGCCUCUCAGCCCGCACCAAGCCAGUGCUCACGCCCCCUCCUGUGCCGGCCUGGGGGUCAGCCAGCUCUCAGGCCGGGCUGUGCGGGGCCGGCCAGCCCCUGCACACGGCCAGGGCACGGGAAGGGCUGCUCUGGCAGCUGGUCGGGUCCUAAAUUCCCGCUCACUGUUAACCGAUGGCAAGGGAAGAUGACCUUCCCAACUAGGAAACCACUGUUUUAUGUAUCUCUUUUCCCUUCAGCUCUGUGGAACUUACACAGACACUCAUAGUUUUGCUGGAUAUUUUCCAGCUCUUUUAAGAUGAAAGAAUAAAUUAAAUCAUUGCGAAAGGCCUUUUGGGAUCUAAAAGUAAAAUGGCUUCUCCUGGCACAUAUUUCAAAGCAAAGACUUUGUUGCCUGCUGCUUGUUCUCUAAUUAUUUAAUUAAAUUAAAUUCUGUAAGGUAUUUGUAUAUUUAUACAGCUGUAAUUAAUUGCACAUUGGACUGGAAAAGAAAGGCUGACCUCGCGUGUGGCACCUGCCGGUGCCAGCAUCCCUGGUGCUGCGUGCCACUCGGUUCUCCUGGGCAGUGUCCGGGCUUGUUGGUUUGUUUGGCCGGGGUCCUUCAUCUUUCCUUCUGGGUCCUUUUUUAAAAUGUGAUUGUUAACCUGCUCCUUAGAGAGAAUUCUAAUCCUGCUGCUGCUCUCAGAAAGUGUGCUGACUGCACUCUAAACUGGACUCUGACUCGGUGGACUGCAGCCGCCCACCCUGGAUGACUCAGCCACAUGUGGCCAAACCCUUACUGUGUGAGAUAGGAAUGCAUUGAUUUGUGUUUCCUUAGAAUUGAAUUAUCAGCUGAGAGAUGAUCUGCUUUUGUUGUUCAAAAGGCCAUUUAUGAAAUUCAUAUUCGAGCCCCAUAAAAUCUUGGGAAAGCUGCUAAAUCAUUUAAAGGGAGAAAUUAGAGUUGAUACAAAUUUCAUGUUAAACACCCACAGCCAAAUAGCUGUGCUCAGAUGGAAGUCCGAGCUGAGGUUGGUCUCGCCGAACCUGGCUGUCGUGUGUCCUUUCGUGUCUUCGAGUUACUUUCACGCUGCGUGUUCUGGCAUCCGUUCGCCUGAGGGCUCCAUCGGCCUUCUCGCGUGGAAGGCACCGUCUUAGACUCUGUGGCUCUCAAGUGUUUGUCCAUUGAGAUUUCAUUUCUCACAUCCUUGUGCAUUAAACAAAACCCAUGAACAUAAGUGGCCUUUUUGAACCAGGACUUUGCAAACUGAUCUCUCCCCAGUGAAGGAGUUGAGCGCAUCAGCAACAAUGUCUGUACAUUAUUAAUUUCCGAGUUCAUGUCCAUGUUUUAUUAUGUAAAUACUAUCUGAUGUUUGGAGCUUGGGUAUACAGAAUGUAAAUAGAGUUCUUGUAUUUGUACUGAUUCUGGUUCUUUUGCUGUAUAGCCUUAGAUGUGCAAUGCAGACAUUACCUAACUGUGUAUGGUAACCUUGCAUCACGGAACUCUUAGUGAACGAGGCCAUAAUAAAGGUACACCCAGUGCA